UAACACAUUACGCUAGAAUUUGUACUGACAACGUGUUUUAAUUACACCGCUAAAAUGUAUAAUUUUAAUUCGAAAACUAUGAUUUUAUCGAAUAUUUAUUAUUCGAAAAAUAUUCGAAGAGAUAUUUUUUUCAAAUAAUUAUUUUUAAUAUUUUUUGGAGGUAUUAAAUUAUUCGAGCUAGUGCUGUCAAAGAUCUAAAUUUUUGAAUUAUACGGAAGUGGCACGUGUGUUAGACGUAGAGAGCGCAGUUCAGGGUGCGCAGUAACACUGACUAGCCCUAUAAAGGGAAGGGAAUACGCGUCCCAUUCACAAGUGAGCCGACGCCGACGUCACAGCAAAGUUGGGAGUAGCCAGCCCAACUUUCAGUUGCGCUCCCGAAUUCUUUUCGUGAAGUGUUUUUGUGCUACUUUUGAAAAUGAAAGCGUUCCUGUAUAUGGUAGCUGUGGUACUGGCGUGCGAUGUCGCUAAUUCACUGUUUUUACCGAGCAAAGAGUAUGGGCAAAGGAGUUCUGCAUCAGCUUUAUCUCGUUUCUCCAGGAUACGGAGGCUGCCCAGACCAGCGCAUCGUGUUAUAAACCCUGAAGAAGAUUGUUUCCUGGUGACGUCAGAUGAAGGGGAGCUAUUCUUCAAGUCCCCAUCGGAUGACCCCGUCGUGUGUGGCAUCUAUAUGAUAGCCGAACCGGACAAGAGGAUCGAGGUCAUAUUCAACUAUUUGGAUGUGCCCUGUGAGAACGGCGGAUUGGUCGCGUGGGUGGAUGGCUGGGAGCUAAACGGUCAAGUCUGGCCAGCCGACUCCUGGGACGACGACAGAGUAGUGGAGUCCUGUGACCAGAGGCCGUCACGCAAGCUGGUCUCCCGGCAGAAUGCAGCGCUGGUGCAGUACCGAGUCCCCGCCAGAGGGAAGGGCUUUGCCGUUACUAUACGACACUUGAAGAAUUCUAAGCCCUGCAAUGUGAUGCUGUUUGGUGCCGAGGGAGUAUACACACUGAGGAAUCAUGGUGAAACUGGCAACUGUUCUAUGCUGGCCGUUUCUCCUGCGUCUGUGCAUGUGUUGGACCUCAAUGUGGGUAUCACCAUCAAGAAGGGACGCUUACUUGAAAUGGAAACUGGGACGAUUCAUCACUGCACAAAGCGAGGCUUGUAUGAUUACGUGGACAUCGGAGGCGCUAGUGGACUCGACCAUACCAAAAUGGAGGUUCUGGACAGCGUAUGUGGACUUGAUUCUAAUGAAGCUCGGCGUCCGGCCUUCAUCGCUUGCGAGGACACGGUGGUCCGGCUGGUGUCGAGCGGCCGGUACCACAACUCCGUCACUCUCGCCUUCGCCCCCCUCCCCCUCGAGGAGCUAGAGCACGCUGACCUCAUGUGCGGACUGAAUGACCUGUAAAUGAAAUAAUACGCGCUGCCACGAAGCCUCUCGAUCUCGGCCCCGGGGACGACGUUUGGAUGCAAAACUCUUUUCACGUCAAACUUUUUUCACGUUCUAUGUUACGAGUUCCAUCGUAUAUCGUAGCCAUGUGGAAGUAUAAACUGACCGUUGAUUUUCCAUUCUCUUGUCUUAAUAAAAUUACUGAUUGGAUGUUGAUAGAAUAGCUACAUAUUAAAACGCUGACGUCACUUAUCAAUCUUAACUUUAUCACUACAUUAUGACGGUAGACUAUGUGUAUUAAAAAUUAUAAGAACUAGAUAUUAGAAUAAUCAAUCAAUUAAUAGUGAGUGAAAGUUUGCGCCGUUAUGGACUUAGCUUGAUGUCUUAGACGCAAACUUCGAUCAAACAAUUCAUCUCUAUUAGAGGUAAGUUCCACUACUUAGCGUCGAUGCCAGAUUUAGACGAAGCCUGUUAGGACGCGCGCUUGCAUCGAAAUUAGGGAUCAUUGGAAGUGGUAGCCACAAAUUGAUUCGCCGAGAACUUACCCCUAAAUUGUAUUACACCGUGUCAGUUUAGAUAUAAGUUAAGUUUACAAGUAGACUACAUACUUAACAUCACUUAAUGUAGUUUUAAGACACUUUUGUUGAUAAGUUUGCCGUAAUGUUACGUAGUUCGUGUGUUACCGAAAUAAAUAAAGUUUAUUACCAACUUCAGUAUCACUAUCUAGUCAUGCAUUAAGACGAUCGCGUUAAAUGUUAACGCUCUAGCUAUUUGUCAAUAAAUAAUGUAAAUGUUCAA